ACCAUAACCCGGAAGCAGUAGCCUGGAAAUGAUCAUGCUUGCAGUACCUUGCGCUGAAAUGUUGGGGGCACAGAAGGCUCAUUUAUCAAUUCUUGGCUAAAAGAGAAACAUCCUUGAGAGAGAAGCACUGAUCUUGGAAUAGACAAGCUGUUAUAAUACAAACUCUGCCUCUAUCUACUGUGGAGAUGAGUCAUCACCUGUGUAUUUGGCUUUUUCGGAAUCUGUCUCUCAGUGCAUACCCCCAGAGAUAUGUCUUCCUCUACUGUCAGCAAUUUAGACAGAUAAGCCUUGAUACAAGGCUGCGGAAUUUUAGACAAAACAAGACUCACGUUCUCCAUCAGCUCUUAAAUAAGAGUUGGUCCAGAGGCUACUGUCAUCAAGAUACAAGGAAGCUUUGGAAACAUAAAGGCCUACAGAAGUAUAUGGAAGACCUGAAUAAAGAGUACCAAACCCUUGACCAGUGUUUGCAGGGUAUCUCUGAGAAUGAAGGAGACCGAAGGGCCUUACACAGAAGGCAUGCUGAGUUGGCACCACUUGCAGCUGUUUAUCAAGAAAUUCAGGAGGCUGAACAAGCCAUUGAAGAACUGGAGUCAAUGUGUAAAAGUCUAAAUAAACAAGACGAAAAGCAGUUGCAAGAACUUGUGUCAGAAGAAAGGCAAAUCAUUGAUCAGAAGAUCCACAGACUGUAUAGUGAGCUUUUGGAGCACUUAGUGCCUAAGGAGACGUGUGACCAGAGUGAUGUUAUUCUGGAAGUGACAUCUGGAAGGACUACUGGAGGUGAUAUCUGCCAGCAAUUUACCCGAGAGAUAUUUGAUAUGUACCAGAAUUAUUCAUACUAUAAGCACUGGAAAUUUGAGCUGCUGAAUUACACACCAGCAGAUUAUGGGGGACUGCAUCAUGCAGCUGCUCGAAUUGCUGGCGACAGUGUCUAUAAGCAUUUGAAGUAUGAAGGUGGGAUCCAUCGGGUUCAACGGAUCCCAGAGGUGGGCCUGUCAUCACGGAUGCAACGUAUUCACACGGGGACAAUGGCAGUUAUUGUCCUUCCACAGCCAGAUGAGGUAGAUGUGAAAGUGGAUCCCAGGGAUCUUCGAGUAGACACAUUUCGAGCCAAAGGAGCAGGUGGGCAGCAUGUUAACACCACAGACAGCGCUGUGAGGCUGGUCCAUAUCCCCACAGGACUCGUAGUAGAGUGCCAACAAGAACGAUCACAGCUGAAAAAUAAAGAAAUAGCUUUGCGUGUGUUGAAAGCCAGACUCUACCAACAAAUAAUCGAGAAAGACAGGUGUCAGCAGCAGAGUGCUAGAAGACUUCAGGUGGGAACAAGAGCCCAGUCAGAGAGAAUUCGGACAUAUAAUUUCACCCAGGAUAGAGUCACUGACCACAGGAUAGCAUAUGAAGUUCGUGACAUUAAGGAAUUUUUACGUGGUGAGAAGUGCCUGGAUCAGCUCAUUGAGAGACUGCUUCAAUCAGCCGAUGAAGAGGCCAUAGCUGAAUUUUUGGAUGAAAGCCUUCAAUCAGUGAAAUAAACGUGGUUUAUUAUUUAUUGUUAUAUAAAUGAAGUGGGCUUUGAUCAAGAAACAAACAGGUGUGGAAAUUGUAAUGAAUAUUCAUAAAGUCUAGAUGUAUCUACAGGGUUUUUAUAGAAAUCAUUUCGAUAAAAGAAAAAUUUCUUGACAUAGAGGUUUAUUUUAAGUCUCAGUAAAUAAUCCAGCUCUCCAAAUAGAAAAUAAGCUUGUAACAUCAAAAU